CAGUCAAUCAGCUGAUUGACUGACUGGCUCCAGCUGAUUGAUAUAAAUGUGAUCAGAGCAGAUCCGGACUCAGAUGAAGCUGCUGAUCAAGGAUCAGGUCAGAUCUGCUCCUGCUCUCAUCAUGUCGGGUCUUCAGGCCGGAUCUUCUCUGCGGGCUCUGGUUCUGACUCCAGACCGGAUGCCGACCUUCGUCAUCCCGUCCCGUAGUUCGCUCCUCUGUCUCUCCCCGCGCCCCUGUCGAGUGUCUCCGGACCGGACCCGGCUGCUCAGCGACCCGGAGGAGGACAGUCCCGUUCCAGACCCCCCUGAGCCCCCGGUGCGGCCCGAAGUCUCCGGAUCCGCCUCUCCCCGGUUCCUGCUGCGCCUCCGCCGCCCCGCGCCCGCCGCUGCUACGUCUGCCUCGGCGGAACCGGACACGGACGUCACAACGCGCGCGGCUAUGUCGCUCCAGCACGUUGCCAAGGUUACAACGCCGUAUGGCUUCCGCGCCGCGUUAGCCGCGAGCCCGUGCACGAGGCGCCGGGAGUCCCUGUUUCACCGCAACAAACCGGUGACGGUCACGGUGACUGAAGCUGACCCAGACACUGGUCCCGGUCCCGGUCCCAGUCCCGGUCCCAGUAAGUCCCGGGUGAAGGUUCUGGGUCUCCAGCUGCUGAAGGUGCUGAGUCCCCGACGCCCCGCCCCCCGCUGAUGUCAGAGAUGCCUCUUGUUUUGUAAUGAGAUUUAAAUAAAGUUUCUUUUAAUGAA